AUGCAUAAUAAAUUACUAAUUGAGAAACUGUGUUCCAGUUGUAUGGCGAUGGUAUAUCUGGUGACGGACGUGUGCUGUUUGGUGGCUGCCGUGCUGAGCUUCUGCAUUAACUUUUUUAUUAUCACGUGCUUUUUGAGAAAAAAGAUCCCCUGUGCCGAAAACCUUCGCCUCGCCUUGUACCUAGCCAUCGGAGACUUUGCCUACGCACUUGCUGCUUUAAUCCAUGUCGGCUACCUUGCUAUCAACUGGUCAAAUACCUAUUUGGACUACGACCCAUAUGUCAUAAUUUUUACAAACUCGCUUUUACCAGCUUUUUUGAAAUUGGUUAUAGUGAUUAAUUGCUCGAUGGCUCUGGAUCGGUGUUUGGCAAUUUUCUUUCCUGUCCACUACCGGAAUAUCAAUAAAAUCAAAUUUGCCAAUAAUGCUAUGGCACUAGGCUUCAUCUGGUUUCUCUUCGAUUUUUUAUUUCAAAUCUUUUCGUCUGAAUAUCAGCGAGUUCCAAAUUGCGCUACAAUGGCUUGUUUUGUCAAUAAAAUAUUUUUAAAAUAUCUAUCCUAUUCCAAUACGCUCAGCAGUUUCUUCGUAGCUAUUAUGAGUGUUUUGGUGUUUGUGGGGAUUCGGAAGUUUUCCAAGAAAAGAGUUGGCACAUUUACCACCCGAAAGACUUCUACAGUAUUCCGGAAAGCUAACCGAAUUACGGCAGGAAUUUUGUUUGGCUCUCUAUUUUUUGUGGUAUUCCCCUCGUUUUUGGUGAUGGGCUUUGAGGAAGUAACUGGGAAAUCGUUGUUUAUAUCAUUGGGCCCUUUUUAUAUUUUUUCGAUAGUUGUAAAUGGAUUCGCCGAUGGUCUGGUAUUUGUAAUUGUUAAUCGGAAGCACAUAGGGUCUGACAAAAAUCUAGUAGAUUCUACAGUAGGUCCCAAGAAUACAGUAAUACCUGUACUUCACCAACACGGUCCAACAAAUUCAAUGGCUUUACCACCAAUUGUAACUUCUUCCAACUAUUUUUAA